AUGUCUCAGAAAACCACAACCUCAUCACUGAUGGCCCUUCGUUCAGAUUCACACGAGCAGAGCAUCCUGAGCAAAUUCAACAAGCUCAGGAAGAAGGACUUGUUGUGUGACAUCACUCUUGUUGUGGAGGACGUGCACUUCAAGGCACACAAAGCCCUGCUGGCAGCGAGCAGCGAGUACUUCUCCCUCAUGUUCACAGCAAAAGAUCAGAUCAGUCGGUCUGUCUACCAGCUAAACGGUAUGGCAGCUGAGAUGUUUGCGGCAGUGCUGGAGUUCAUCUACAGCGCCCAGGUGUCUGUGGAGGAGAGCGCAAAGGAGCAGCUCCUAGCCACUGCCCAGCUCAUGCAGGUCAGCGAGCUUGUCAUUGUGCUCACUGAACUCACACAUCCCGCUGCAAGAGUUACAGGCGAGGAGGUAAAGACAGACAAAGUCGAGGUGCCAGAUCAGUCAAAACGCAAAAGAGGACGACCAAAGAAAAAUGUGACUGUGGCUGUAGCAGAGACGGAGGGGAAAAGUACAGCAUGUGAGCGCACAGAGGACGGCCAGUCUGGAGACGUGGACUGCAAUGAUGGAGACACUGAGCUGCAACCGAUAGACGAUGCAGAUGAUAACACACUCCCCAGUCGGCAGAGCAAACGCAAAAUCAAACCACCGCUGAAAUAUAAAGGCUACAAGGUGUGCAGUGACACAGCAGACAGGAAAGAACCUGGGAAGAGAGGCAGGAAGAGGAAAUAUCCCAACACAGAAGCAAGAUGUGAGGACUGCAGCAAAGUAUUCAAAAACCACCUCUUUUUAAAGAUUCACCGAAGGACUCAUACAGGAGAGAAGCCUUUCCGGUGCCCGGUCUGUGGAAAGGGUUUUACCCAGAAACACACUCUGCUGGUUCACCAGCGCAUGCACACUGGAGAGAAGCCGUUUGUUUGUACCAUCUGCUCCAAAGCUCUCGCCACCAAACACUCCCUGCAAGAACACAUGAACCUGCAUGAAGAAGACAAAUCCUUCAGCUGUGAUAAAUGUGAAAAGAUCUUCACUCAGAAGAGGCAACUUAAAAGUCAUUACAGAGUUCACACAGGCAAAUCAUUACCAGAAUGUGCUCAGUGUCACCACAAGUUUAUGGAUACGGCUCAGCUGAAAAAGCACCUGAGGACUCAUACAGGUGAGAAGCCUUUUACAUGUGAGAUCUGUGGAAAGUGUUUCACAGCCAAAAGCACGCUGCAGACUCACAUCAGAAUUCACAGAGGUGAGAAGCCAUAUGACUGCAGCAUCUGCAACAAGUCCUUCUCAGACCCCAGCGCCAGACGAAGGCACGUCGCCUCCCACUCAGGGAAGAAACCCUUCACCUGCUCCUUCUGCAGCCUUUCGUUCACCCGUCUGGACAAUCUGAAAACACACACCAACACCCACAACAAGGAGAGAGCCGCAACAUCAGAGGCCUCAUCAGAUGCAGCGGCCGCAGACUCCGCAACGCCUCAGGAGGAGGUGCGUAACAUCCUGCAGCUCCAGCAGUACCAGCUGCCCCCGAACUCCGAACAGGAGAUCCAGCUGGUGGUGACGGGAGACGUGGACAACAUUAAUUUCGUCCCGGGUCAGGAGCAGGAGAUCAGCAUCAUCACCACAGAAGGAGAGCCGGCAGAAUCGGCUCACUCUAGACUCACGCUCCUCACGCAGCCGGCAGGACACGUGCAGAAUGUGGCUCUGGUGACUCAGGCCAACGUGGUGGACCAGACCCCUCAGAUUCAGACUAUCAGUAUGUUGGAGGGACAGAUGACACACCAGCCCGAGCAGAUGCAUGUCAUCACUUUGAGUAAAGAGGCCAUGGAGCAUCUACAGGCCCACCACGGUCCCCCGCAGCCCCUCCAGAUCGCACAGAGACCCGUCCAGCAGCUGCAGGUGAUGCACCAGCCGAUCCAGCAGCUGGCCGUCACUCAGGAGGCCGGCACGUCUCAGGGACAGGCGGGCAGGGAGCAACACAGCCAGGCCAUUCAUAUCAGCAGCCAGAGCAGCCAGCCCAUCUCCAUCAGCCAGACCAGCGAGCAGAUCUCCAGCCACCACAUCCAGGGUCACGCCUUCCAGAUCCAGGCGGGAACCGUCUCGUACCUGUACACCACCGGACUGCCGCAGGAGAGCUGACGGCUCACUGAAGUCUGAUGCUGCUUAAUCCAAAAUGAUAAUGCU